AAUAGCGCGGGCGUGACGUCACAGAUGAACGUUCAACGUCACCAUCCAGCAGUGAGACAAGUGUCGGUACAAAGCUUCAUUUCUUCUUUCCAGCCUUGAAAAGCCAACAAGAAGGGUACAAGAUGAACAGAGCGUUUAAUAAAUCAAAUCUCAGACACUUGACUGGCCUCCUUCAAAGGUUUCAAAGCACAUUGGUGGUAGCAGAACACAACAAUGACAAGCUGACACCAAUUACACUGAAUACCAUCACAGCUGCCAGUAAGCUGGGAGGAGAAGUGUCCUGUUUGAUUGCUGGAACAAUCUGUGCAAAGGUUGUGGAGCAAAUCAGCAAAGUACAAGGUGUGAAGAAGGUUUUAGUGGCUCAGCAUGAUUCCUACAAAGGCUUUCUACCUGAGGAGCUGACUCCGCUUAUCCUGGCGACACAGAAACAAUUCAACUUUACCCAUAUCUGUGCUGGUGCAUCAGCAUUUGGCAAGAACCUGCUUCCCAGAGUGGCUGCUAAAUUGGACGUUGCUCCAAUUUCUGAUAUUAUUGAGAUCAAGUCUCCAGACACUUUUGUUAGAACAAUCUAUGCUGGAAAUGCUCUCAGCACUGUGAAAUGUAGCGAGGCGGUCAAAGUUUUCACGGUCAGAGGGACGUCUUUUGAGGCAGCUUCUACAGAAGGAGGAAAUGCUGCAUCUGAAGAAGUGGCUACUACUCCUGCUGCUGGUAUUUCUGAGUGGUUGGAACAGAAUCUGUCUAAAACCGAUCGUCCAGAACUAACCAGUGCUAAGGUUGUUGUGUCAGGAGGAAGGGGCUUGAAGAGUGGAGACAACUUCAAGCUGCUUUAUGAUCUUGCUGAUAAAUUGAACGCUGCAGUUGGUGCAUCCAGAGCUGCAGUGGAUGCUGGAUAUGUCCCAAAUGAUAUGCAGGUUGGACAGACGGGCAAGAUUGUAGCACCAGAGUUGUACAUUGCUGUUGGCAUCUCUGGUGCUAUUCAACAUCUGGCAGGAAUGAAAGACAGCAAGACUAUUGUUGCAAUCAACAAGGACCCAGAGGCUCCUAUUUUCCAGGUGGCUGAUUUUGGCUUGGUAGCGGAUCUUUUCAAGGCUGUUCCAGAGAUGACUGAAGCACUAAGCAAGUGAGGAUGACGGUGAAGCUUCCAUCACAGUUGGAACAAAGCAACACAACAAACCUACAGUCUCUGCCUUAACAGCUCCUCAAGCUGUGUGUGUCUGAAGCCAGACUUUAAUCUCUGUAGUAACACAACAUACAGUGUGGAAAUAAAUGUCAGAUUUUAUACACAUAAGGGUCAGUAUCUGUGAAUAUUUUACUGACCUUCAGUGAGGUUAUUUCACAUCUCUAGUUUGUGUUGUAAUUUGCAUUUGCUUUUGUGCUCAACUUAAGACUUCGGGAAUGAUUGUUUUUGGAAAUAUUACGUGCAAGAAGUACACUAGCACAAGGCUCUGUAAUGAUUGAGAUACUCUUGGAAAAUAGGUUUAUUAUUAAAUUGAUGUUUAAUGAGUGGCUUUCAUUU